AUGCGGAGGUUCGGCACGGCAGCGGCCCUCACAUGGGCCCUCGCAGCAGCAGCGGCCGGGCUCGGCCAGGCCCAGAACACGACCGACGACUGGCCCCUGCACAACGACGGCCUGACGACGCUGGUGGAAUGGGACCACUACAGCUUCCACGUCGACGGGCAGAGGCUCUUCGUCUUCUCGGGCGAGUUCCACUACUGGCGGUACCCCGUGCCCGAGCUGUGGCGCGACCUGCUCGAGAAGGUCAAGGCGGCCGGCUUCAAUGCCUUCAGCAUCUACGGCCACUGGGGCUUCCAUAGCCCGUCCGACGGCGUGCUGGACUUCUCCACCGGCUCGCACAACUUCACGCUCAUUAUGGACCUGGCCAAGGACCUCGGCAUGUACAUGAUCGUUAGGCCCGGUCCAUAUGUAAACGCCGAGACCAAUGCCGGUGGCUACCCGCUCUGGGUGACUACCGGCGAGUACGGUGCGCUGCGGGAUAACGAUCCGCGGUACACGGCGGCGUGGACCCCGUACUGGACGAAUAUGUCUAGCCUGAUCGCACCACAUCUCAUCACCAACGGCGGUAACGUGAUACUCUUCCAAAUUGAGAACGAGUUCGGCCAACAGUGGACGAACGUCGCGGCCAAGACGCCGAACGUUGCCGCUGGUGAAUACAUGCAAUUGCUAGAGGACUCCGCGCGUGCGAGCGGCAUCGACGUCCCGCUGACGCACAACGACCCGAACAUGCGGACCUUCUCCUGGAGCAAGGACUACAGCGACGGGAUCGGCAACGUCGACGUCGUGGGCCUGGACUCGUACCCGUCGUGCUGGAGCUGCGAUCUGACUGAGUGCACGGGCACAAACGGCCAGUACGUCGCGUACCAGGUAGUCGACUAUUAUGACUACUUCCAAGACUUCUCGCCGACCCAGCCCAACUUCAUGCCCGAGUUCCAAGGCGGCUCAUACAACCCAUGGGGCGGACCCGAGGGCGGCUGUCCGUCGGACAUCGGCGUCGACUUCGCCAACCUCUUCUACCGCAACCUGAUCUUCCAGCGCGUCUCGGCCAUCAGCCUGUACAUGCUCUUCGGCGGCACGAACUGGGGCUGGCUGGCGACGCCCGUCGUGGCGAGCAGCUACGACUACUCGAGCCCCGUGUCUGAGAACCGCGUCAUCGGCGAUAAAUACUACGAGACGAAGCUGCUGACCAUGUUCACCCGCGUGGCCAAGGACCUGGCAAAGACGGACAGGCUGGGCAACGGCACAAGCUACAGCGAGAACAAGGCCAUUGCCACUGCUGAGCUGCGGAACCCCGACAAUGGCGCGGCGUUCUAUGUCACGAUGCACCUCGAUUCGACGUCGGGCACGCUGGAGACCUUCAAGUUGAAUGUCACUACCUCUCAAGGAGCGAAGGUCGUCCCCCAGUACGGCGGCAGCAUUGCCAUUGACGGCCACCAGGCCAAGGUCCUGCCGACAGACUUCAGCUUCGGUAGCAAGAACCUGCUGUACUCAACCGCUGAGGUGCUCACCUACUCCAUCAUAGAUGGCAAGGAAGUGCUAGCCGUUUGGGCCCCAGCCGGCGAGUCCGGUGAGGUCGUCAUCGAGGGCGCAACCUCGGCAAGCCUCACAAAGGCCACGGCGAACACGACCUCGACGGCGGUUAACAUCGUGCCUGGAAACUCAAGCGUGGCUAUCAACUGGUCCAAUACUAGCGGUAUGACCGUCGUGAACUUGGGUGACGGUGCCCAGGUCGUCAUACUCGACCGCCCUUCGGCAUACGUAUUCUGGGCCCCGAGUCUAGGGAAUGACCCCCUCUAUCCCGAGAACAGCACAGUCCUCGUCCAAGGCCCAUACCUCGUGCGCUCAGCUUCCAUCACCGCCGAUAAGACACUUGAGCUCGUCGGCGAUAUCGACGGCGCGACCAACACUCUGACGAUCUUCGCAGCAUCCGUGGACGCCGUGGCCUGGAACGGAGUCGAGCUCUCCACCGUCUCCAAAGACGGCAACAUGCUCACAGCCACUGUUCAAGGGCCAGAGUCCUUCACCCUGCCAGCUCUGGGACCGUGGAAGUGGCACGACAGCUUGCCGGAGAUCCAGCCCAACUAUACCGUGUCGCCCAGUGUAUGGACCACUGCGGACCACCAAAACACCUCCAACCCUUCGAAGCCGGCAUCGAACAACCCGGUGCUGUUCCUGGACGAGUACCACGUCCACGUCGGCAACUCGAUCUACCGCGCCACGUUCCCCAGCACGGCCUCCCUCCCAAGCGGCGUCUACCUCAACAUCACAGGCGGCAAAGCCUUUGGCUACUCAGCGUGGUUGAACGGCGCAUACAUUGGCUCGUACCUCGGUGCUUCCACAUCUGCGACAGGGAUGACGGAGCUCUCCUUCGCGAACGCGACGUUGGCCGCGGAGAGCAAGGACAACGUGCUGGUCGUAGUGAUGGACAACUCAGGCCACGACCAGACGACAGGCGCGCUCACACCCCGCGGCAUCUGGAACGCGACGCUCCUUGGCACAGACGCGGGCUUCACGGAGUGGAAGAUCGCAGGCUCGGCGGGCGGCGAGGACAACAUCGACCCAAUCCGCAGCGUGUACAACGAGGGCGGGUUGUACGCCGAGCGGGUUGGUAUGCACCUCCCCGGGUACCCGGACAGCGAUUGGGCGUCCGUCGGCGGCAACGGCACGACGACGCUCGCAGUCCCGGCAGCGGGGAUCCGUGUCUUCCGCACCGUGGUGCCACUCUCCGUGCCUCCGGGCCUGGACGUGUCCGUGUCGUUCCGGUUCACGGCGCCCGGCAACAGCAGCACCAAGAGCACGUUUGUGCCUUCCGAUGCGGCGCACUCUAACCAGGUUCGGGCGUUGCUGUUUGUGAAUGGGUACCAGUAUGGUCGCUUUAACCCGUACAUUGGUAACCAAAUUACCUUCCCUGUGCCGACCGGAAUCCUAAACUAUGAUGGUGACAACACCAUUGCCGUGACGGUCUGGAGCCAGAGUGCGCAGGGUGCUGAAGUGAAGCUGGACUGGAAUGUGGAAUACGUGCACACCACUGGUUAUGACAUGGGCUUCGAUGCGGAGUAUUUGCGGCCUGGGUGGUCCAAAGACAGGUUGGCCUAUGCGUAA